AUGACUAUAUCACCACUUACGUUGCGCAUCGCCAUGCUGAAUGCUGAUGCCCCAGUGCCCAAUGUGAUACAACAACGGGCACCCUCUUAUGGCCAUAUUUUCCAUGAACUUCUAUCCCAGUCGGCCACUCGAGUAGCCCCUGGGUUAGCUGUCGUGGCAGAAUAUUUCGACGUUUACCAUGGCGUUUACCCAGAGUCACUCACGCACUUCGACGCUAUCGUCAUUUCCGGUUCCGGCGCCAGCUCCUACGAAGACAAAGAUUGGAUUAAACAACUCGACGCUUAUAUCGCCAAAGUCUACGUUGAACAACCCCGCGUCAAGAUAUUCGGCAGCUGCUUCGGUCAUCAAAUCAUCUGUCAAAGCCUGCUCCGUGAACACGGGGUUUACGUGGAAAAAGACCCCAAGGGAAUGGAAAUGGGUGUCCACACAGUUCAACUCGAGCAAGACUUCCUCAAAGCGUUAGGAAGUCGUUCGUCGGUCACAGACAACAGCACACUCCGAUUACAGUUUAUCCACGGCGAUCAUGUCAAGAUACCAGAAGGCCAUUCCCUACCCCCAAAGUGGCUCUCCAUGGGCCAGACAGAACACUGCGCAUUCCAAGGGGCAUAUGAGCCGAAUCAUGUGCUCACAUAUCAGGGGCAUUUCGAGUUUGACAGUUUCAUAAACACCGAGACUUGCAAGGCUUUUGCAAGAACUUGUGGCUGGGGACCCCAGUUUAUUGAAGCAUCAAUCGAGGCUAUGGAUAAGGAUGAUGACUCCAAGACUGCCGCUGAUAUGGUUAUGAGAUUCUUCCUCGAGGGACGACAUGCAGUGCCGGGUAUUGGAGGGCUGAUGAGUCCCCCAUUAGAGGAUUAG